AUGUCGACAUUACUUGGAAAGAGGAAGGAGAGAGAAGCAGAUGAGCCUGCGGCAAAGCAUCAUGGAUCCACACUUUUUGUCUCCAAUCUACCCUACACCGCAACCUCCAUUGACCUGAAUACGCUUUUCUCCGACAUCGCGCCAGUACGAUCUGCAUUCGUUGUCCUCGACCAGGCAUCAGGUGUAUCUAAAGGCGUCGGCUAUGUCUCUUUUGCUAUUAGAGAGGAUGCACAGCUCGCAUACGAGCAAAUUAAUCAAGACGGCCUCAUAUUGGACAGCAGGAAUCUCCGUGUCCAGUGGGCGGAAAGCAAGUAUAAAGAGAAGACACAGAAGGAGCCAAUGGCCAAGUCUGAGCCAAUGCCUAAACCCCCGCGUCCCGCACAAACCAACGCCCCGCGCGAUCCUCUGGCCAUCCGAACAGUAGCCAUCUCCGGUCUCCCUUCUUCCGUCGACUCGAAACAGCUUUGGAAGAAGAUCCGCAAGCUCGACGGCGCAGAGAAGGUCGACUGGCCCAUUACCUCUGCCAAUGGUGAUGAAGACCGCAGCACGGCACAUGCCCUCUUCACUACGCCUGCAGCCGCGGCAGACGCUGUGAACAAACUUCAUGCACACGUCUUCAAGGGCUCACUGCUCUCAGCCACGCUCAAGAAGCGGCUCGACGGUCUCGCAAAGGCGCCGAAAACGGCGAAGGCGGCGAAUCCCAAGGGCCCGGCACCGAAUCGUGCAAGCAGACUCAUCGUGCGUAACCUUCCAUUCAAUAUCUCAGAGCAAGACCUUCGUGCUCUUUUCCUACCGUACGGCCCGAUUCACUCAGUCGACAUUCCGUCGGCGGUGGACGAUGCGAAGGAGGAAGACGGUGAGGCGACGCUGCAAGCUAAGCGUGGCAAGGGGUUCGCGUUCGUGUGGAUGCUGAGCCGAAAGGAUGCAGAGCGUGCAAUGGAGGAGUGCAACGGGAUGAAGGUGCAGGCGGGCAUGGCAGCACGGCUAGCAAACGAACGAGUGAUAGCGGUGGACUGGGCGCUGAGCAAAGACAAGUGGGAGCAGGAGAAGGCGAAGAUAGAGCCGGGUCAGGAGGAUGCGGAUAUCAACAUGGUAGAUGUCAAGAGCGAGAAGGGCAGCGAGAGUGGGAGCGAGAGCGAGAGUGACACUGACGAGGACGAGCAGCUUGGUGUCCAUGAUGGCGACAGUGACAACGAUAGUCGGCUGAGCGAUUCGGAUGAUGGCGACGAGUCUGAAGCUGAGGACGAGAAGCCUUCAAAGCCCGUGCUUCCCCCUCCCGAUGUUGGCACGACUCUUUUCGUGCGCAAUGUACCAUUCGAGGCGACUGAAGACGAGUUGCGGACAUUAUUCCGAGCCUUUGGCCCGCUUCGCUACGCGCGUAUCACAUUGGACUAUGAGACCGGUAGAUCAAGGGGAACUGGUUUCGCCUGUUUCUGGAACAAGGAGGACGCAGAUAAAGCAAUUGAGCAAAGCGAUAUUUUGCGAGCUGAAACAGCUGGCGACAGAACCGCACAGCCCAAGAAGAAUCCCUUCAAGAUGCCUUCAUUGCUCACACCUGAUCCCUCUGCGUCGGUAGCGCAGAACUUGGUCUUGCAUGGCCGAACAUUGGAUGUCGUCCGCGCUGUCACUAGAGAUGAAGCUGGGAAACUCAAGGAAGCAGGGGAAAAGCAGCGGGAGAAGGCUGACAAGCGGAACCUCUAUCUCCUCCGGGAAGGCAUCAUACUACCGAACACUCCUGCCGCCGAGGGCAUGAGUGCGGCAGACGUAGAGAAAAGGACUCAGUCAUACAACGCCCGUCGUGCGUUGUUACGCUCCAACCCGUCCUUGUAUGUCUCCAGGACGCGACUCAGCAUUCGGCAGCUGCCGCUCUUCGUUACGGAACGCAUGCUGAAGCGGCUCGCCAUCCAUGCAGUCCGUACGUUCGAUAAGGAGGUCAAGGAAGGCGCGCGACAAUCGCUCAGUGAGGAUGAGCUAGACGAAUCUGCCCCUACACUAUCCGAGGAGACACCCGUCAAAGAGGAGAGCAGCAAAACGCCCGGACGUAAAGGGAAGGGUGGGCGUGCAACGGGCGUCAAGCAGACCAAGAUCGUGCGGCAGGCGGAUCGUGUGGACCCUGUGACGGGGAAGGGCCGCAGCAAAGGCUACGGCUUUCUGGAGAUGAUAAAGCAUGCUGAUGCUCUCCGCGUUCUACGGUGGGCGAACAACAAUACUGAAGCAGGGCGAUUAUUCGAGGAGUGGUGGAAAGCUGAGGUAGAGGAUUUGAUCAAGAUUGAGAAGAAAAAGCCGACGAAGGAUGACGCGCGCAUAAAGCGGCUCAAGGAAGAGCUAGAACGAGGUGCUCCUGUGAAGAGCAGAGGAACCCUCAUCGUUGAAUUCUCGAUUGAGAAUGUACAAGUCGUACAGCGACGUACUGCCCAGCAACGCGAGAAACAACAGGUCAUUACGCGAAAAGUGUCGCUGCCAGAUAUCAAAUCCGAGCCUGCGGAGGAGCGGUCGCCCAAAAAGCGUCGAAUGUCAGCGCCGAAGCUACAGAAGCAGUCGCUACAAAAGCAGUCAUCUAAGGAUGCGGCACCGAAAUCGGGGCAUCAAGUUGGCUCGUUGAUUGGCAGGAAGCGGAAAGAACGGAAGUCAAAAAAGGGGGCAAGCUGA